GUCCCCACUUGUCACUGACACAUAAACAGAGCCAGCGUCGGGGACCUUUACUGCCACAGAACGGAACAGAACAGAGGGGUGGGGGUCUUUCGCAACGCAAGUAGUGCUGGAGAUUGGAGAGUGGAGACAGAAGGCAAGGGGGCCGUCGCAGAAUUCGCGCCACCGCCCGCGAUGGCUUCGUCCUCGAAGGCCUCCGAUUCCUCCCAACGAUCCAAGCGGUCGGAUCAGGGGAUGGGCAAGGACGCCGCUGCCGCCUCUGUUGUCCCGAUCCACGCGAACCUGACGCAGCUGAUACGGCAAGUCCAAUCGGGGCGCCUCGCGUACAUCAAGGAGAAAUUGGAGGUGAACAGGAAAACGCUGCAGAGGCACUCCUGCUCGCUGUUCGACGUGGCAGCGGCGGCGGAGGUGGCGUCGAGGGGCACCGAUGGCGGCAACGCGCUGUCACAGCGCGCGGCGGAGAGACAGUGUGGGUCAGACCUGGCAAACGGGAUAGGGGAGAGGGACGUGGUUUCCGUUCAGGAGGAGAACCUGGCUACCGGUACGCUCGCGCUCUCCAGCUCGGGCGCUACCGCGCAGCGGACAAUUGUGCGGUUCGUGAAGCUGCCGCUGGUUGAGAAGAUCCCUCCGUACACCACUUGGAUCUUCCUGGACAAAAACCAAAGAAUGGCUGACGAUCAGUCAGUUGUUGGUAGGAGAAGGAUAUACUAUGAUACAGUUGGAAACGAGGCUCUGAUCUGCAGUGACAGUGAUGAAGAAAUUCCAGAACCAGAGGAAGAGAAACACUUUUUCACAAAGGGAGAAGAUCAUUUGAUAUGGAGAGCUACUCAAGACCAUGGGUUAAACCAAGAGGUUGUUAAUGUCCUUUGCCAGUUUAUUGGUGCAACCCCAUCAGAAAUUGAGGAAAGAUCUGAAGUCCUAUUUGAGAAAAAUGAGAAGCACUCAGGAUCUUCAGAUAAGAUAGAGAGCCGACUUUCUCUUGACAAAACUAUGGAUGCCGUUCUGGAUUCUUUUGAUAAUCUCUUCUGCCGCAGAUGCUUGGUUUUUGAUUGCCGCCUUCAUGGUUGUUCACAGAAUUUGGUAUUUCCAUGUGAGAAGCAACCCUACAGCUUUGACCCUGAUGAAAACAAGAAGCCAUGUGGUCAUUUGUGCUACCUUCGACUCAUCACAUGCUCUAGUGGUGGCACUGGCGGCGGCGGACACAGGCGUACUCGUCGGGGGCAUAGACGGCGAAGACCCACUGGUGCGGCUGGUGUUGUGGACACCAGCGUCCCUCCCGAGGUGCUACCCCAACCCCCACCGGAGGCUGUUCGCGCCAUUUCUCUGCCCCCUCCCCCGUUCCGGCGCUGCUUCUUCAAACGUUCUAGGAGGAUUGCCCAGGCUGAGGAUGACCUGCAGAGCGCUAUUGUCAUCUCCGUUGUGGGCAUGGGGCGUUCUGGCUGUGCCGCGGAGGUCUCCGAUGCGCUCGCUUCGAGAUUUGAUCUCGAGGGUAAUGCGCUCGACCUUCGCCGGGUUGCACCGAACACUUUCAUCGCCUUGCUUCCCAACGUGGAGAUGGCUGAUCGGUGGCUCAGUGGAGGUCAGUCACUCUACGUUCCUCCCCUUCGGAUGCACAUCAAGAGGUGGUCCCGUCAAUUCAUGGCUAAUGGGGGAGGGACGCUGCCUCAUCGGCUUGAUAUUGAGCUCCGUGGACUUCCGUUUCAUUUGUGGGGUUUGCAUACAGCCGAGCAGCUUCUCGAUGGACAUUGCCUUGUUCAUGAACUACACCUUGACUCUGUUGGCGGUUCUGAUCUGUCUACGUUCAAAUUGAGUGUUUGGUGUGAUAAUCCUGAAGACCUGCCUUCAUUAUUGGAUCUUCACGUGGAGGAGCCUUCGGUCCUGAUUGGCGACGACCCGUCUCCCCCACGCACGGUGGUUUACCCAAUUUCAAUCCUUAUUUCCCGCCCCGGGAACUCGCCGGAAGUGCUUCCUCCUCUCCAUUUUUCGCCAACGCCACCAGAUCCAGAGCGUCAGAAUGAAGAAAGUGACCAGAAUUCCAGAGGUCUGCAGAAGCGGCGUUUCAAUUCCCAGUCUUCAUCGGACCGCGCACCGGUUCACGCUCGCCUGGGGCCGCGCGUCCAACACUGCUCGGCGGCUGGCCGCGUUUUCCCUGCUGAUACGGUUACUGCUCUGGUGACGCCUGCAAUCCAGUCGGUCUCUUCCUUAAUGGCAGUUGAUGCCUCGCUUCCGACGCGGAUUGACCCAGCUGAUGAUGCCUCGUUUCCGACGCUGAGUGCUCCAGUUGAUGCGCCAGCUCUCCCUGUUACUUCGGUUGUAGGGCUGGCGGCGCCUGGACCUGCCUCGUUUCCUGCGAUGGAGGGGCCAGCUAAUGUGUCAAUGCUAUUGGAUGCUUCGGGUGUUGUGCCAGCGGCGUCUGGCCCUGUUCUCGUUGCUGUUAAUGCUGCGGAUUAUCCCCAUGAAGACUGUUCGGAGUCCCAAGAAUCUGCUUCUGCGCCUAUUCAAGAGAAGUGCGGCCAUUUAUGCUCGGCGGCUGGCAGACCAGAUAUUGUCCCAAUUGAUGUUGGGGUUAAUGCGUUGGUGGCACCUGCUAAAUCCUCGGUUUCUUCCUUAAUGACGGUGGAUGACUCGUUUUCGAGGUUGGGGGGACCAGUUGAUGCGCCAGCUCUCCCUGAUGCUUCGGUUGUAGAGCUGGUGGCGCCUGGGACUACCUCGUUUCCUGCUGAGGGAUUGUCAGCUGCUGUGCCAACACUCCCUGUGGCCUCGGGGGCAGGGUCGGAUGUUGGUCUGGAUUCUGCGGAUUAUUCACGUUUGGAUUGUUCGGCCAUGAUGAAUUGCUCCCGCAUGGGGUCUGCUGCGCCAUUGGUUCGGCCUGAUAUCCUUCCUGGACCCUCUUGCCCUCGAUACUGCAAGCCCAUUCUGGUUUAUUCUAGGAGGGACCAGAGUCUGCAACAUGAUUUUGAUUCAUUGGCUGAUAAGUCUGCCCCUACCAGUGGUAAUGUCAAUGUCUGUGAUGUUGUUAAUUCCAUGUCUUCGGAACUGCAUUCCCCUGGCACGCUCAGAUCCUCUUUCAGUAACAAGGUCGUGAAGGCAGCUGCCCACAUUUUACCUGCUCCUCUGGAAGUCAGACCUGGGAACCCAAUUUCUCCAGCUGUGCCUCCACGUCGUAGUAGGCGCAUUGCUGGGAUUGGUGUUGAAUUCCAGUCUGCCUUCAGUGAUAGUCAAUUCAAAUUUAAGAAGAAAAUAAUGAGAGCGCUGCAGGUGAUUGAUGAAAACGAAGGCAUCAGUCAGGAGGCCCUGGAUAAUUAUUGUAGGCUUUUUGAGCAGCCCCUCCCUCCAUCUCAUGUCCAGGCCCUUGCUGCCCUUUUCGGAUGGACACCCCCUGGAUUGGCGGUGUGUUGAGCGGCUGUUCAUGCCUCUAUCCUGUUGGUCGGGUUCUUCUUAUAUUUGUUAUCAUGAAUCCUUCAAAUAUUGUGUGUUGGAAUGUACGAGGCCUAAAUUCUAGAGCUCGGCAAGACUCUGUUCGUAAUUUGGUAAACUCCUUUAAUGCUAAUGUGGUGUGUAUCCAAGAAACCAAGAUGGCUGAAAUUUCUAUGCAUACCUCCCUGUCUGCUCUUGGGAGUAAUUUUGUGCACAAAUUGUGUCUUCCCUCAGUUGGAAAUAGUGGUGGGAUUCUUGUGGCCUGGAGGAAUGAAAUUGGUUCAGCCAGCGCUUCUCGGGUGGAUCAGCACAGCGUGUCAAUUCAGUUUAGUCCAAGUGAUCAUCCUCCUUGGUGGCUGACUUGCGUGUAUGGACCUCAAGGCGACAGUAACAAAAUUCAGUUUAUGCAAGAACUUCGGGAUGUGAGAUCUGCGUGUCCUGGCCCCUGGAUUCUUAUGGGGGAUUUUAAUCUCAUCUACAGAGAUGAAGACAAGAGCUCUGGCAAUUUUAACAGACAGCUUAUGGAGAGAUUCAGAAGGUUUAUUAAUGAUCUGGGUUUAAAAGAAUUGGCUCUGCAUGGUCGGAAAUUCACUUGGUCUAAUCGCCAAGAUACGCCUACUCUCGUCAAGCUUGACAGAAUGUUUUGCUCAUCAGAUUGGGAGCAGCUGUUUCCUAAUUGCCUUCUGCAGAGUGCUAGCACCGAUGGUUCGGAUCAUUGCCCUUUGCUCCUUGGGCUCCAGGUUUUAACACAUGGUCGCAGCAGAUUUCACUUUGAAUCUCACUGGACAAAAUUGCCUGAUUUUAUUACAACAGUGGAGGCUGCUUGGAAUUCUGUUCCCUCCUCCCCUUGCCCUUUUGGAACCCUUUCCAAGAAGUUUGGAGCCACCGUCAGGCGUCUCCAAAGCUGGUCCCAAAAAAGGGUGGGUCAUAUCUCCUCUCAGCUUGGGAUGGCACGAGAAAUUAUGCACAAGCUGCAGUCUGCUCAAGAUCUCAGACCCUUGUCAGGGCUGGAAAAUUGGCUGUUGAAGCAGCUUGAUGGUCAUGUUGUGGCCCUUUCAACCUUGCAACGUUCUAUGGCUCGGAGCCGUUCUAGGAUUACCUGGCUGGCUGAGGGGGAUGCUAACACUGCCUUCUUCCACCUCCACGCUAAAUACCGCAAGGGCAAGAAUUUUAUUGGUAAUCUGUUAUCCGACGAUGGUUUAAUAAAGUCAAGGCAUGAGGACAAGGAGGAAACUAUAAGUGAUUUUUUUCACAAGUUGCUGGGCUGUUCGUCUGAUCGAGCUCAUACUAUUGAUUUGGAUCAUCUCCAAAUUCCUUCCCAUGAUCUCUCUUCGCUGGACAGCCCUUUCACGGAAGAUGAAAUCUGGAAAACAGUCCUUUCUCUACCUUCAAACAAGGCUCCUGGCCCGGAUGGUUUUACUGGGAAGUUUUAUAAGUCGUGCUGGCAUAUUAUUAAAGGUGAUAUUAUGGCGGCUGCUAUGGCUGUUUGGAAUGGAAAUCGGGGAAAUCUGGAACUUCUCAAUUCAGCAUACAUUAUUCUUCUACCCAAAAAAGAGGAUGUAUGUCAUGUCAAAGAUUUUCGGCUUAUAAGCUUGGUCCACUCCUUUGCUAAGCUUAUUACAAAGCUUUUGGCAAAUAGGCUGGCCCAACACCUGGAUAAUAUGGUUUCGCAGAAUCAGAGUGCGUUUAUUAAAGGCAGAUCCAUUCUGGAUAAUUUCAUGCUUGUGCAACAGACAGCAAAGUUGUUUCACCAGAAAAAGUGUGCAAGGAUCCUCCUUAAGUUGGAUAUCACCAAAGCUUUUGAUUCUGUCUCAUGGCCCUUCCUCCUGGAGGUUUUAAAGCAUUUGGGUUUCGGGCAAAUUUGGUGUGAUAUUGUUAGCAUUCUUCUUGCUUCUGCCUCUUCCCAAGUAAUGCUUAAUGGUAAACCAGGUAGGAGAAUUAUUCAUAGACGUGGUCUUCGGCAAGGGGACCCUCUUUCCCCCAUGUUGUUCAUACUGGUUAUGGAUGUGCUAGGCUAUUUAAUUAAGGAGGCUGCUAAUGAUGGUUUGAUGGUGCCUCUGUUAGAAAGUUCAGUUCAUAACCGUAUCUCUAUUUAUGCUGAUGAUGUGGUGAUUUUCCUCCACCCGGUGCCUCUUGAAUUAGUAAUCACCAUGGACAUUAUCAGGAUUUUUGGGGAGGCAGCUGGGCUCAAAGUGAAUUUGGCAAAGAGCAGCGUUUUCCCCAUCCACUGUACUGCUGAAAAUCUGGAUACCAUUCAUAAUCUGCUGCCAUGCGUUGUUGCCAACUUCCCCUGCAAAUAUUUGGGGGUGCCUCUAUCCUUAAAGAAGCUCGGCAGACAACACUUUCAGCCAUUCAUUGAUAAAAUUGCAGAUCGUCUUCCCUGCUGGAAAGCUGACCUGUUGACUAGAGCUGGAAGACUGAUUAUUGUCCAGACUGUCCUGUCUUCAAUGAAUAUCUACUUAAUGAUGGCCAUGGACCUUCCUUCUUGGGUUUUCAAAGCAAUUGACAAGAUCAGAAGGAAUUUCUUGUGGAGAGGGAGGAAAGAAGCUUUGGGAGGACAUUGCUUGGUAGCUUGGAACAAGGUUACAAGGCCAAAAGAAUUUGGAGGCUUGGGUAUAUUAAAUCUGCGAUUGAUGAAUUGGGCUCUUAGAUUACGCUGGCUCUGGCUGGAAAAAACCGAUACUGACAGACCUUGGGCAUCCUUUAAAAUAAAUGCUCAUCCUUCAGUAAAGGCCUUCUUCUCGGUAGCAAUCUCCUCGGUGGUGGGCAACGGCAGAAACACUUUGUUUUGGACAGAUAAUUGGAUCGAUGGACAAAGUCUAUGUCAGCUGGCCCCUCAUUUGGUCCAGAUGGUCUCUUCUAGGGCUAGAAUGAGGAAUGUCCACGAUGCCCUCAUCUCAAGGAGUUGGGUCCAUGAUAUUAGAGGAGCUAUCACUGUAAAUGUUUUGUCUGACUUCCUCAAGGUUUGGGACCUCACUACAGACUGGGUCUUAACACCAGAUCAGGAGGAUAAACAUUGCUGGAGGCUUUCAAGCUCAGGAUUAUAUUCGGCCAAAUCAGCAUAUACCGGUUUCUUUCUUGGAGCAACAACUUUUAAACCCUGGAAAAGGAUUUGGAAAUCAUGGGCUCCAAAUAAAUGCAAGUUCUUCAUGUGGCUCGUGGCCCACGAUCGCUGCUGGACAGCAGAUCGACUUGCAAAAAGAGGACUGCCUCACCCUCAAUUUUGUAUACUUUGUGAUCAAGAGGAAGAAACGAUAAACCACUUGCUGGUUUCCUGUGUUUUUUCUCGGGCUGUCUGGUUUCAGAUGAUGAAAUCUGUUGGGUUGCAGCAUCUUGCUCCUAACCCUGCGUGCUCCUCCUUUGAAGAUUGGUGGGAAGGGGUUGCUGCAUUUUCUGCUGGUCCAGUAAACACAGGGCUGCACAAGGGCUUGAACUCUUUGAUCAUUAUUGGUGCUUGGGCCAUCUGGAAUCACCGCAAUAGCUGUGUUUUUAAUGGUGUGCAGCCUAGUCAAAGCAUGGUCAUCAAUUGGGUCAAGGAGGAGGCUCAUCUCUGGUAUAGGGCUGGAGCCAGGGAUUUAUCUAACAUCCUUAUGCUCCAGUAAUUUCAGUAAUUUCAGUGGGUAUUCUUUAAUUUUAGUCUCCAUGGUCACGGGAGUAGAUGUCUUUUGUUGUUGUUGAUGUUAAUUCUCUCCUUCUCCCUAUAGCCUAGUGUUUGUGGGUUCGUGUGGAGUUGUACGAGGUUUCCUUGCCUCACCCUUUCUUCUUAAUAUAUUGAUACGCAGCUCUCCUGCGUUUUCGAAAAAAAAAAAAGAAAGCAUGAGAAAAUCACUAG